GAUUCUCACAAAUCCAUCGAUGUAAAUUGUAAAGACCUCUAUCUUCUCGCACAUCAUCGUCUUCUCCCCUCUGAAAUCGAAGUCGCCCACUCCCUCUACCUCUAAAAUCAACCCCAUGUUCUCCGUCAUCUUCUCCGACUAAAGAUUCCAAGCCUGGUCACAAUCGCACGGACACACGGUUUUGUAUUUCUCUUUCUGUCCGAUUGUCAACUAAAUUGUGGAAAUUUCUAAGAAAUUUGGAAGUUAUAAAUUGCUGGAGAUCUGGAGUGGAGUGUUGAGGCUUCUCGAAAGGCACCAGCCACAAUCGCCGCUGUAGCUCCGGUUACCUCCUCCUCCUCUGCCGCCGCAUCAUUUGUUAGAAGGAGAUCCAAAUUGCUCAGGCUCAUUUUAUUCUUUUUUUCACUGAAAUGGCUUUUCGCCAAUCAAAAAAAUCCACUAUUCACACAACUAACAAUCCUGAUAAAGAGAAGCAAAUCCAAUUUUGCCAUUCUCCAACAGUAUAUUAUGCCCUGCAACAUCAAAAUGUUGCCCCCUAGUAGCACCAUACAAGACCAAGCCUUGGACAAAUCCUCACAGUUUUUAAUCAAACCUUCAAGAGAAGCAAAUGUAUCCACCCCAUCAUAGAUGUUAACCACAACUGCAAGGGACAUAAUAGAUGUUAACCACAGCUGCAAGGGACAUAAGAUUACUCAUCUCACUCCUUUUAUCCUCAUCAGAUGCCCUUAGAAACUAGAACACUGGUCAGGGAGGUCGGGAAUGGGAAGAAGACCACCUUCGGCAGCAAGAUCACCCAUCAUGAAACUCUUGAAUCCGCGGCAAACUUGAUGUUCAAUAGGCUUAAACCGCACUGCUUCGCAGAUAUGAACAAAGAGCACUUCACAAGAGCGCUUUCGAAUGGAUGAAUCAGGAUCCUGCAUGCCCUCUAUAGCUUUGGUCAAUGUCUUCGCACCCAAUGUCGUGGUGUACGGAAACCUAUAUCGGAUACUUUUAAUACCCUCUUCCGCAAUGUCAAUCUCAAAGUCUAUACCCUUAAAACUGAUUCAUUUCCCUAAAUACUUAUACGCUACCAAAUACACAUCAAUUUUUGAUAUAAGGAUGCUUGUAUUUAAUCUGACAUAUCUUAACUCUACUUCCAUUAGAGGGCAGUCCUUACUUUGUUUAUUAAACCAACAUUCCAGAAUACCUUUUACAACACACCCCCUAGCACAAUUUGUUCUUAGCAUUUGGAUCAACGCAGUAAAACUCCGCCCAGGAUACCAAUUUUUUGAGUCAAUUUCCAAAACAAAUUUUCGGUUUUCUACAAUAUCAGCAUAUUUCACAUAUCUAUACAAAAGAAACACCCAAAAAAUUGUAAUUAGUCAUUACAUACAAAAAAUAAAACAAAAUUCACAAACCAUCAACUUUGAAAAUAAACCCAUAAAAAAUUAUUUUGUCAAUAUGCUGAUAUUAUAGAAAACCAAAGGAAUUUUAUUGGGUUAUUUUGUAAACUCUAAGAAAUUGUUUAUUAGAGUUGAUGGUUUGUGAAUUUUGUUUUAUUUUUUGUAUGCAAUGAUUAAUUACAAUUUUUUUGGGUGUUUCUUUUGUAUAGAUAUGUGAAAUAUGCUGAUAUUGUAGAAAACCAAAAAUUGGUUUUGAAAAUUGACUCAAAAAAUUGGUAUACUGGGCAGAGCUUUACUGCGUUGAUCAAAAUGCUAAGAACAAAUUGUGCUAGGGGGUGUGUUGUAAAAGGCAUUUUGGAUUGUUGGUAUAAUAAAACAAAGUAAGGAUUGCCCUCUAAUGGAAGUAGAGUUAAGACAUGUUGGGUUAACUACAAGCGUCCUUAUAUUAGAAAUUGAUGUCUAUUUGGUAGCGUAUAAGUAUUUAGGGAAGUGGAUCAAGUUUAAGGGUAUAGACUUUGUGAUUGACAUUGCGGAAGAGAGUGUUGAAAGUAUCCGGUAUAGAUUUCCGUACACCACGACAUUGGGUGCGAAGGCAUUGACCAAAGCUAUAGAGGGCUUCCUGCUUCAUGCAUCCGGAAGCGCUCUUGUGAAGUGCUCUUUGUUCAUAUCUGCGAAGCGGUGCAGUUUAAGCCCAUUGAACAUCAAGUUUGCCGCGGAUUCAAGAGUGUCAUGAUGGGUGAUCUUGCUGCUGAAGGUGGUCUUCUUCCCAUUCCCGACCACCCUGACCCGUGUCCUUGGUUUCUAACGGCAUCUGAUGAGGAUAAAAGGGGUGAGGUGAGUAAUCUUAUGUUUCUUGCAGCUGUGGUUAACAUCUAUGAUGGGGUGGAUACAUUUGCUUCUCUUGAAGGUUUGAUUAAAAAUUGGGAGGAUUUGUCCAGGGCUUGUACUCUUGUAUGGUGCCACUAGGGGGUAACAUUUUGAUGUUGCAGGGCAUAAUAUACUAUUGGAGAAAGGCAAAAUUGGAUGUUGCCAGUCUUUGGGAGAGAGCCUUGGGUUGUUAUGCCGGGUUGAUUUUGAUGAUUUGGCACGCCAGGCUGCUAAGCUAGGAGGAGCUCUCCAAAAGACUGUUGAGGAGGAGAUUAAGGCUUGGAAGGCACAAAGGGCUUGAUAUGUCUGGAUCCAGACUUCAAUAUUUUUGUUAUUUAAUUGAUGUUGUAAUUGGUAGUAGAUUAGUAUAAACCCAAUAUCCUAAUUGGUUCUUAUGAUGAUUGUCCCUUGUUGGAUUAUAUCACUAUUUUUGUUAUUUAACUACUAAUUGGUGUUGUAAUUGGUAGUAGAUUAGUAUGAACCCAGUAUCCUAAUUGGUUCUUGUGAUGACUGUCCCUUGUUGGACUAAAGCUUAUGUUAUUUU